GCCGGGCGAGAGGGAGGCCGCCUGGGCAGCGCUGGACGAGGCAGCGAAGGCCCCCCACGAGUGGCCCAGGCGCGAGCUCGAGGCCUACCAGCAGGCCGACGCCGCGUGGGAGGCCGCCGAGGAGGAGCUGCGGCGGCGCCUGGGGGAGGUCCUCAUCUGCACCUCCGCCGGCUCCGUCGGCCGCGUGCCCAUCUCGUGCACGCACGUGGUGAAGAAGACGUCGCACAGGGGAAAGUGGGUCCUGAGGGUGGGCAAGGGCGAGGAGGUGAUCUCCGCAUCCGUCCUCUCUGCGCUGGACGCGGAGCGCGACGAAGGCUGA